AUGGCAGCCAGCGAGGGAUCCGCGCGAAUUCAGUUCAAGGCGCUGAAGGGAUUUCCGGCCAACACCGCUGACAAACUGGAGACACAGGCCUUCCUCGCCGCCUCCAAGGAGAUAGUGACCGUCAUAGAGACCUUCGGCAAACUCUUUACGCCCGUGAUCAACGACAUGAACGGAAACAUAAACAAACUAACGAAAGCCUAUGGGUCGGAUGUGUUGAAGUACCAAUAUCUGGAUGACCUGAUUGUGCUGAACGUGAACGUGGACAACUUUGCGGCGAACGCACUGCUCUGGCUGAAACGCGGCCUCCAGCUAAUUUGCGCCUUCUUCGAGAACAUCUACAACGAUGCGCAGGCCAAGGAGGCACUCAAGCAGCACCUGCAGGACGCCUACGAGCGCACCUUGAAGCCCUACCAUGGCUUCAUUGUCCAGAGUACAAUCAAGAUCAUCUACAGCUGGGUGCCCACUCGGAGCCAACUACUCGGCCAGGGAGCCGCCCAGGAGGAGAACAUGGAGGUGCUGGCCAGCUUUCUGCCCACAAUGCGUGCCCAUUUGGACGCAAUCGAUGCCCUGCUUAAGGCGCACAACCUGGACGAUGCCAAGAAGGUGUGAUUGACGAUUGUGAUUGUGAUCGGAGAUUGUGAUCGGCGGAAGAUCAUUCGUUCAUUAGCUUAGCUUAGCUUCAAUAGCUUAUCCUACUUUAUUAUUAUUUAUGUAUGCCAAUGUCCAAGUAAACCUCAGAGCCUUAAUCUA